UCCUCCAAACUCCAAACCAAACAAAAAAAUGGCACCCCCAAACCCAGAGUACCUACAGCAAGAAGAAUCACUAACCCUAGAAUCAAAAGAGUUGAUCACCAGCCUCCCCCGCCAAAACGGGUGGUUCGAUUCGACCCACUUAUACCUCUACCAAGGCUUCUGGUUCCAACCCGACCACCUCCAAGCCGUGAUCUCAUGCCAGACCCACUUCCAACCUCUCCCCUCCGACGUCUUCCUCGCCACAUAUCCCAAAUGCGGCACCACAUGGCUCAAAGCAAUCAUCUUCACCCUCCUCAACCGCAAACUCUUCCCUCCCGCCUCCGCAGACCACCCCCUCCUCACCGCCAACCCCCACCAGCUCGUCCUCAGCCUCGAGAUCGACCUCUACGCCCACAACCGCCUCCCCUCCUCCCCUUCUCCAAGAUUCUUCUCCACGCACAUGCCCCACGCCUCCCUCCCACAGCCCCUAUCCCAAAGCAGUAAGGUCGUGUACGCGUGCAGGAGCCCCAAGGACACCUUCGUCUCUCUGUGGCACUUCAUGAACAAGCUGAGGCCUCAGGGAGCGCCGGAGAGGGAUAUGGAAACGGCGUUCCGGAUGUUCUGCGAGGGAGCGGUCGGGUAUGGGCCGUUUUGGGAUCAUGUUCUGGGGUACUGGAGGCGGAGCCUGGAGGAGCCCGGGAGGGUGCUGUUUGUGAGGUAUGAGGAUGUGAAGGAGGAGGGGGCGGUGCAGGUGCGGCGGCUGGCGGAGUUUCUGGAGUGCGGUUUCUCGGCGGAGGAGGAGGAGGAAGGGGUGGUUGAUCGGAUCUUGGAGUUGACUAGCUUUGAGAGUAUGAGGGGGAGUGAGGUGAACAGGGUUGGGAGAUUGGGGAAUGGGAUUGAGAAUAAGCAUUUCUUUAGGGAAGGAGUGGUUGGUGACUGGAAGAAUUGUUUGUCUGCUCAGAUGGCUCAGGAACUUGAUGCCAUUGUGGAACAAAAGUUUGGUGGAGCAGGGUUAGUCAUCUAGACCCCAAACAGAGGAUCUCCUGUUCUCUACAAAUUUCAAACGAUUGUUCAUUUUGUUUCGAUUUUCAAAUAAGAAAUUACAUUUAUUUCCA